CGCUAAAUUCAAAAAUUUCAAACAGCUGAGGGGCGCGUGGCGUGACUGAGAGAGUGGAGAGACUUUGCUCCCUCAGCAGACAAAUAAAGAGGAAAAACAAAGAGGUCUGUGCUUUGGUUUAAGUCGCGAUGGACCCAUUCACGGAGAAACUGUUAGAGCGCACACGUGCUCGUAGAGAAAAUCUGCAGAGGAAGAUGGCGGAGAGACCAACGACAGCCAAAUUGCCAAUGGCUAAAAGGACCAGGGAGCCACUUACAGACACAAACAGUGUCAUAAGUGAGCUGACCAUUGAAAAAGCACUUCCCUCUUCCAAGCCAUCCCCCUCAAAGCGUCGCUGUUCAGAUGAAAAUGCUCUCCUUUCUGAAGAAAACAAACAAACAGUGGUUCCGCAUGUGACCGCCUCUGAGCCCAUGACGGACAAGAAGCCACCCCUGGUGCCAAGCAGUGUUCGUCCUAGGCGCAUGGAGCAAACGUCUGCUCAUUGUCCAUCAGAACCAGAGGUGCUGCCCACUCAACCUCUUUCAGACACUGAAAAGUUGAUGCGCCCUCCUCAGUCUCCAGCAAAAUGCACUGAUAAUCUAAUGAAGCAUGCCGCUCUAGAUGGAGCCAAAGAGACACCGAAAGAUGCACCAAUCCCAGGAAUCACCAGUAUGAGAUCUCGACUGCAGAGAUUGGCUGAGCAAAGGCAGUACUGGGACUCUGAGGUGACCUCCGACGCAAUCCCAGAGAGUGUAGUUUUAUCUUCUCUGAAGUCUCACAAAGAGGAUCUCCCUCCUGCUACUCCAACAAGCUCUGAGCUCCCUGUUGGAAGAAAGGGUAGACUGGCAAACCUUGCUGCCACAAUUGGUUCCUGGGAAGAUGACCUUGGACACCCGCCGACUCGCCGGGACAAUGCACUAUCACAUCCUGCUCCACCAGUCAGUACUGUGAAGAGCAACAUUUCCAAGCCAAGUCCUGCUGUGGAACGACCUCAGACUGCCCAACCAGCUCCACACAAGUCUGUUAACAGCGGUCAGCAGCCAACAGUUUAUUCUCCAGUCAAGUCAACCAGAGCGGUUCCACCUAGUCCUCAGAAGACCGAGUUUCCUCAGUCAAGACUGGCUCAAGCAAAUCCCUCUCCUGUUUCCAGCCCACUGAAGAUUUACUCCUCCACUCAGCCCUCCAGUCCACUUAAAUCUCUGAAUGCAUCUGCCUCCAGUCCCCACAGAGGUUACGUCUCUCAGAGCCCCCUGAGGAACCAGGGCCCAUCUAAGUUGAAUUCUGAAGCAGCACUCAAUUCAGGCCCUGCAAAACCAAUUUUGACCCCUAAACCCUCUUCUACUGCUGAUGUGACUGUCACACAUCAGAGUUGUGAGAGAUUUACCAAGGACACGACACUCUUACAGCAAAGAGACCUAGCUGGAACUACUGUAGGGGUUAAGUCAUUUUUGGAGCGUUUUGGAGAAAAGUGCCAGGAGCGCAACCAGAAUUCUCCCUCUACAUUAGGAGGUCAAGGCCACACACCUGUGGCUACUCCCUCUGCCACCCCCAAGACCAGGCUGCUCCAGGAGAGGCUGGGGUGUGCCCAGUCCACCUCCACCACAGCUGUCCUUACUCAGAAGCAGAAACUGGAGCGAGAGGCAGAACUGGCACAAAUUCGUAAUCGAUUUCAAAAAGGCAACAUGUUGAGGAGCAACAAUGAUCUUAGUAAGGUCAAGAAUGACCCUGAAAAUCCUCAGGAAAGUGAACCAUCAGUACUGAGUCAGACUUCUGUGCCAGUGUAUGAUAAUGAACCUUCUGUGCUAGUGCCUGAAGUACUCAACAGCCCUUCUAAAUACAGUGAAAAAGAGAAGGAGUGUGCUCUUUCAAGCCCUGCAAAGGAAGUUGAAUUUAAAGAAGAGAUUCCUAUUGUAAAAGAACAAGAGGAAGUGAAAGAAGCAGAUGAAGUGUGUGAGAUUGAGAAGGACGUGGAUGGUUCCGUUAACUCUGAGGUGAUAAAUGAGCUGUUUGAUGAAGUCCUGGAGGAGAGCGAUGAGAAAAGUGAUGAGGAGGAUGCGGAAGAAGAUGCUCUGAAUAUCUCCUCCAUGUCUCUCCUUGGUCCACUUGCAGAGACUGUAGCAGCUGUGGUCAAGAGCCCUGAAAGAAAGCCUAUGUCAUCGACUCCUUCCAGCUCAUUUAUUGCGAAGAGUUCAACCCCUGAGAGUGUAUCCAGGCCCAGUAAGUUCCAAAAGACAUGCAUGUUACGAGCUGAAUCGUCUGACAGCAUCAGUGUCCUAGAUGAGCAGCAAAACCAGAACCUUCCCUACAGCAUUGAUGCCUACAGAUCAACAAGGGUUAAGACUGAGCCAGAGAGACCUCGUGUUAAACAGGUGAUCGUGAGGAAAGAGGAUGUGUCUCAGAGAAUGGAGACCAAUGGGAGCCCCAGUCACAUCAACAUCAAGCAAAAAAUUAAGAUGUUGACCAAUGAGAUGAACCUGCAGCAGACAGUGAUCCAUCAGGCUAGUCAGGCUCUCAACUGCUGCACAGAUGAAGAACAUGGGAAAGGAUCUCAAGUGGAGGCUGAGGCUGAGAGACUGCUGCUUAUUGCCACCGAAAGGAGGGCUGCCCUGAAGGCUGAUUUGGACCGGCUAAAAGCAGAGGGUCCAACAGCCCAGAAGAAAAGCACAAGCAGUGCUCAGGCAGAUAUGGGUUUACCUGCUUCUAAAGGGUCCAUCUCACUGCUAGAGCUGCGACUCCCUCUGAAGGCUGACUUUAUCUGUUCUUCUGCCAACAAGCCUGAAUGUGGAAACCAUUUCUUCUUUGUGAUGAUCCGUGCUGGAGCGGAGAACACAGUGGCGACUCCUCUAGCAAGCGCACGCACUGGUCUAAGUGGUGAUGCUUUGACCUUCUCCACCAAAUUCACUUUGUCUGAUGUCUCUAAUGACUUUGAGAUCGAUAUUGAGGUCUACUGUUUGGUUCAGAAACGGGAGCUGAACCCUGACAAGAGGAAAAAGCCCAGCAAGUCAAAGGCUAUAACACCAAAAAGGUUCCUUGCUAUCUCUAAGAGCAACCUCCAAACACCUGUUGUGGCCAGCCCUGGUGGUCCAAACGCAGUGCGCACCAGUAGUUUUGUACUUGUCGGAGCACACAGGCUAACUUUAGCCUCUAUUGGGAAAAACAAAUUCCCGCUUGAGAAGAUCAAAUAUGAAGGGAUUGAAAGAGAGCUGCUCAUUGACAUGUUUCACAAAAAGGUACCUUUCCUUUGUCCUUUGGAGGGGCAUAUAUACCUGAAAAUGAAGUGCGAGGUUGGAUCACGGAUAGAGGAACGAGGCUUCCUGACUAUGUUUGAGGAUGUCAGUGGAUUUGGAUCUUGGCACAGGAGGUGGUGUGUCCUUUCAGGAUACUGCAUCUCUUUUUGGACUUACCCUGAUGAUGAAAAACGAAAGAAUCCAAUUGGUCGCAUUAACCUUGCCAACUGUACGAGUCGUAAAGUGGAGCCGGCAAACAGAGAGUUCUGUGCCCGGCCCAAUACCUUUGAGCUCAUCACAGUGAGACCACAGAGGGAGGAUGACCGAGAGACCCUGGUCAGCCAGUGCAAGGACACGCUGUGUGUUACAAAGAACUGGUUAAGUGCCGACACUAAGGAUGAAAGGAAUCUGUGGAUGCAGAAGCUGAACCAGAUCUUGGUAGACCUGCGCAUGUGGCAGCCAGAUUCAUGUUAUAAACCCAUGUAAGCCUGCUCUCAUCGGGCACCAAGGGCUAAAGGUAUCCUUGUCUGACUUUCACACUGACUGUGUUUAGGUCAGAUUUGGAAGUGCAAUAUGGCAUCAUAGUUACACAGUGUUUACAGAUGUAUUUUACAAGAUUUUUAUAAAUUUGACAAGUUUUUUUUUUUAAAUCCAUAAAGCCAUAAAUUAAGAGACAUUUCAGUUACCCUUACAAGGGUUUUCAGGUAUGGUUUUGAUACUUUUCUCAGUGUAAUUUAGCAAGGAUUGCUUAAUUUUUUUUUAGACUAAUUUGACUAGUUUAUUUGCUUUGUUAGACUGUCAAUUAUUGUAUGUAUAUUUAAAUUUCUUUUUGCCUGACUGCUGUAUGCUGAGAUGCUUGCUGUAGGCAAAUUUCUAAGAAUAUUCAUCCAGCAAGAAAUAAGGCAAUGUCCUGAAUCUUUAAAUGAACGAAACACUUAAUGUCAGUACUUUGUGGUAAAAAAAAAAAAAAACUUUAAAUUAAGUACUACCAGAACCCAUUAUCUGAUUUUAUAUUUGUAUAUUUGCUGUUAUAGGGAUGACUAAACAUUUUUGCUCAUCUGUCAUCAGGAUUUGGAAUUUUAUCUAAGUUUUUCUGGGGGGAUUUGGUUAGAUUAGAGUUAUUAAAGUUGAGAAAUUUAUAUUUAUAUAAAAUGCAAGUACACAAAGGGGAACUCACUUGGAUAAUGGAAGGAAAUUGGCUUUUUUUUUUUCUUUAGGCAUUUAUGAGCAAUGUUAGUCCUGUCCUUGGCUGAAAAACUGCAAACAAUUUAAGAGUUAGAUCUUUCCCAUAACCAAAGCUCUUUUCAGCUCAGUUUCUGCAGUAACACUGAUGAGUGAUAUGUGCCUUCAAAAGAGUACAAAUGUAAUUGAUAUUUGCCAUAGAAUCUAAUUUCCUGUUUUUAUUGAAAGAAAAAUGGUACAAGACAUGUUUUUUUUUCUUUGCUUGAUCCAGAUGACUUCACAAUAAUUGUGAGUUGGAAUAUGUAUCAUGCAUAUUCCCUAUUUCUUAAGCUCUCUACAUAUAUUUUUCUGUUUGCUUUGUAACUUUAAAUGAACAUUUUAUAACAUUUUAAAUGAUUCUUACUAAAUUUAAUUAAUUUACCUAUAUCCAAAUGUGUGUUUGAAUAAGUGACACUUACAAAGUUUACAUUUACACUAAAUGUCAUAUUGUCUUUGUUUUUCGUAAUGUAUAAUUUCUUAACCUUUUCAUAUUCAAAAAUACCAAAAUUCAUACCAAAAUUCAGCCCCAUCACUGUAGUAAUCUUAAGGCACUUUAGUGUUAUGGCUGUUUUGUGUUAUGGUAUCUGAAACACUCCAAAUAUGGCUUCCAUGUAUCAUGCAGAGCUGCGGUUUCAAUAAAACCAGCUUUUGAUAA